AUGUCCGCGAGCCCUUCGCCCUCCGAGCGUAGACCGAGCACGGACGGAACGCUGAAAGAUCCCAAAAAUGGCGUUCACGUCGAUCAAAGUGAAAAGGGUGUAAUCGGCGAUUCUGCCUAUGACGAUGACAGCAUCCGGCCGACCGCUCUCAAACGUCAGCUUAAGAACAGACAUGUAGCUAUGAUCAGUAUCGGAGGCGUCAUUGGCACUGGUCUUUUCUUAAGCACGGCAACCAGUUUAGCCAAUGGCGGACCUGUUGGCCUUCUGCUCGGCUAUAUCAUAGUCGGUACUGUGUGUUACGCCACUAUGAUCUCGCUGGGAGAGAUGAUCUCCUACCUACCCAUUCCCGGUGGACACAUUAAGCUGGCUGAACGAUUCGUUGACCCCGCAUUCUCCUUCACGAUGGGUUGGAACUACUGGUACAACUGGGUCAUCGUCUUACCAGCAGAGCUUAGUGCAAGCGCCGUCUUGAUCAACUUCUGGGAUAGCAAUACGAAUCUCAAUCCGGCAUGGAUAACAAUAUGUCUCAUCGUAGUCGUCUUUAUCAACUUCUUGGGAGCCGGCGCAUACGGCGAGGCGGAGUUCGUCUUUGCAUCGAUCAAGGUUCUGACCAUCGUCGGUCUCAUCAUCUUGGGUAUUGUUAUCGACCUUGGUGGUGGUCCCACCCACGACCGAUUGGGAUUCCGCUACUGGAAGAACCCGGGCCCUUUCGUUCAAUAUGAUAACAUCCAGGGCGCCGAGGGACGAUUCUUGGGUUGGUGGGCGGUGAUGACGAACGCUGCAUUCAGCUUCAUUGGCACAGAGAUUGUUGCUAUCGCUGCUGGAGAGGCGAAGAACCCUCGUCGAAACUUGCCGAAGGCCAUCAAGCGCGUGUAUAUCCGAAUCCUGUUGUUCUACAUUGGUGGCGUGAUCGUCAUCGGCUUGCUUGUACCCUCGAACGACGACCGAUUGAAUCUGGCAUCCGGAACGGCUGCAUCUUCGCCGUUCGUCAUCGCUAUUCAGAACGCCAAGAUCCGUGCUCUGCCCAGCAUCAUCAAUGCAUGUCUGUUGACGGCAGCAUGGUCCGCAGCAAGCUCUGAUAUGUAUACCAGCUCUCGGGCUCUCUACGGCUUGGCUCUCGCAGGCAAUGCUCCGCGCAUCUUCUCUAUGACCAUGAAGAGGAACGGUCUGCCCAUUCUGGCCCUCCUCGUAUCAGUGGCUUUUGCGCUCUUGUCGUACAUGGGAACGACGGCUGGAUCUGGCAAAGUCUUCACCUGGUUCUCUAACAUGACAAGUAUCGCUGGCUUGCUGACUUGGUUCGGCAUCUGCGUAACCUAUAUCCGCUUCUACGCCGGAAUGAAGGCCCAGGGUAUUGAUCGCACGACCCUGCCAUACUACACCAAUCUUCAGCCGUACGCGGCGUGGUAUGCGGCAAUCUUCAUUGUUAUUAUCUGCUUCUUCAACGGUUUCAAAGUCUUCAUCAGAGGACACUGGGAUACGGCCACGUUCGUCACGACGUACCUUCCAGUGAUCCUCUUCCCCGUCUGGUACAUAGGUGCUCGGAUCUGGAAACGCGUGCCGCCCAUCAAGCCGGAGGCGAUGGACUUUUACUCCAACAUUGCUGAGAUUGAGGCUGAAGACGUCGACGAGCCUCCGCCAAGGAACAAACUGGAGGCCUUCUGGGCUUGGUUGAUGUGA